GACCGUGGAGUUCACUAGAUUUCUGUCUGAAGAACAUCUGGGCUAAGGUGAGAGUAAACAAAGAAGCUGGACGUAGUUAAACAUUUACGAACAUUCUGCGAAGAGGAUCCAGUUAGGUAACAGCAUAAAGUCAGUACAGAUGUGUGAGGGACGAAGGAGACUGACCAAGGUUUGAUAAACUGCUUCUACAUUCUCAGUCAUGAUGGAGUUGAGGACGCUCCUCUGCUGCUUCGCUCUCCUUUUCAUUGGUGCCAGUGUUGCUGACAUUGAGACCUUACAUGACAUCAAGGAUCUGAAAGGCAUUGAAUUUGGACAUGAGUACCCUCGCCAUGGUCUUCUGCUGCUGCACUGGUUGGCCAGCCAUGUCACGAUUGAUCAAGCAGAAGCCUUGCUGCUUCAUUUUGAUCCUCUGCGGCAGGACUACGGCUUCCAGCACUAUGAAAAUCCCCUAUGUACCGAGGAAUUUGGUCUUCCACACUUGAAUGACCCACUGGACAGGGAGUACUACUCUUUGGGCAGCCUCAGUUCGGAGGCAGUCCGAACCCAGCUGCCUCCAUACGUGACCCAAGACUACUACAAUUCCCUUGAUAAUCCCAACAGAGACCUUGACCUGAUUAUUCUUAGAGUACAAAAGACCAGACCAAUGAUAGCAGACAAAGUGUACGUUACGAGCAUACAAGGAUGCGAUUACAACCAAAAUAAAACCCAUGAGAUCAGUUCUAAGCUCUUAAGGCAAGUGCAAGCCUUGAAAAAGCCAGUAAACAUAUUACUAACUCUUCUAUCAGACAGUUGGGUCCCUAAUAUAACACAGUCAGAUGAUCCUAGACUCGCACUCACCAAAGGUGAAAUCGUGACCCACCUGCAAAACAUCGAAAAACACCUCAAGAGCAUUUUUGAGCAACAAGAUGUGAGGUGGCUUCUGAGUCUGGCAGGAUAUGACCUAGAGGCCAGAUUUUACAUCCAUAAGCAAACAUGGCUCUGCUCAACAGACGAGCCAGCCCAAUAUGAGGAAUCCAAUCCUAAGACGGCUUGCGAAGGCCACAUCCCAGUGAAGAUAGAGGUGAAGUCAACACCAGAUGGCUACGCCAGGCUCAUGUGGAGUGGGAUUCCCAACAACAUCAUAGAACAGGGUCCAACUAUUGUCCUUUUCAGCAGUGACACCUCCAGCAUGCUUGAGACUUUCGAAUCUCUUAAAGGGCAAACAUCCGGAUCUGCAGACACUUUUGUGGCACUGAAACAUGGACUUCAUCCACGUCUUGUUACGUACAAGUUCGGAAGUGAACACGGUUUCUUUGGGCUUCGUUACACUGUCUACUGGAGAGGGCCACAGUUUGACGCCACAAACAGGGUCAUUCCUACUGAAAUUAAUGGCUACAAUGCAAGUCUACAACUCUACACCAAAGACGGCUACGCCUGCGCUCGCCUCUACAUCAAGAACUCCUUCACCGAUUGGAAACAGGAGUUCUACAACUCAUGGGUGGGAUUCUAUGCAAGUGAACGAGAUCUUGACCAUAAAUAUCAGCACUAUCAGUGGGUCUCCAACUUUGAGAAGGUUGAAGAAGACGACGACACUAAAGAGUAUCUCAUCUAUCAGUAUCAGUCGAAUAUGAGUAUUGGUCCUGGAGUCCAAGCUCGCUUCCUAUUUUCUAAAGAGGCUGUCCGCACUUUCGUUCUUCUCAGGUGGUACACCCCAACUGUGAAAGCCCGCACUGUUCCCUGGGAGAAAGUAAAAACUUAACUUUAUGGGGAGCAAAUGAAGGAAAAUGCCUCAAGGAAACCAUAAUGCAUUGAAACGUCAAUGUUUUUAGAUGUUCCAUUCAUUUAGUGAAGCAUUUUUCUUAUAUAAACCUUAAAUAUCAUUGAUUUGUUGUUUUAUUGCAUAGAAACGUGUUCUGCCAAGUGUAUGAGCUCAUGCUUAUAUAGUUACGCACAUAUUGUACUAAUUUACUCCAUGCUUAAAAGGUUGGUUGUUUCAUGUAGACCUAAUUGUUACCCAAAUAAACAUGUCAUGAAUAAAUGAUAAAUAAAACAUAGUCUGCAUUGAAA